CAAAACUAAAUCACAAGAGAAGAGGUACACAGCCUCUGUAUAAAUAAGUGCCACCAGAGAGUAUAAUCUGAGUAUCCAAAAAAUAACCAGUGGUAGAUCAUUGUCUGUUGCAAAAUCUGCAUCUACAAAACCAUUUUUUGGGGGAUCAGAUUAAGGAUCGAAAUGGAGACAAAUUUUACUGAUAAUGAGAGCUGCAGGGAAUCUCAAUCGAAAGAUGAUCGCCAUGGAUCUUCUGCUUUGAUAUUCUUGGGAACUGGUUGUUCGGGCAUGGUCCCACGUGCAAUGUGCUUGAUUCAACCUACUGAUUCUCCUUGCAGUGUUUGCACCCAGGCCCUCACUAUCCCUCCCGAGUGUAACCCUAACUACAGGUGCAAUACAUCACUUCUUAUUGAUUAUUUCAAUGGUGAUCGUGAACACAAGUAUAUAGUAAUUGAUGUUGGGAAGAAUUUUAGAGAGCAAGUAAUUCGGUGGUUUACCUGCCAUAAAAUUCCUCAAGUGGAUUCUAUAAUUUUAACUCAUGAACAUGCUGAUGCAGUUCUUGGCCUGGAUGAUAUACGUGCAGUACAACCUUAUAGUUCUACGAAUGAUAUUGAUCCCACUCCAGUUUACCUCACUCAGUUUUCCAUGGACAGGUACCUGAUGUCCUACUUGGAUGUAGAUGUCAUUUUGUUUUCAUUCAAUUAUUCUAUUCAUUUCCAGUUCACAUUUUGGCAUCCUCACAUAUCUAGAGCAUAGUUGUCAUGGUGAUCCAAGGCAGUAGCCAGGUGCCAAGGUGUGCAGAGAAGAAGAAGAAAGGGGGGAAAAAAAGCAACAGCAACAAGACUACGAAAGAGGAGUAGAAACAGAAACAGAAACAGAAGAAGAAGAAAUUACCAGUGGCUGUCGCCAGAGUCACGGAAGGAUUUGAGGGUUUCAGUAUCAAAUCAGACCCCUUUUGUACCCCUUUUUACUUUUUUUCCCCCUCACAGAUGCAUGAUUCCAUGCAUCUCAUUUUACCAAAAA